AUGGCCGCCUUGGGAUUUUACCGAAUCGACUUUGAAACUACCUUUCAGACUAUUCUCGAAGGAGUUCUCGGCCCAUGGAUCGCGAGCCAACUUCGCGGCAACGAUGAUCUCUUUUUGGAGAGGCUGAUUGCAGAGAGGAGAAGACUUGUUGGACAGCGACCAAUGCUCGGACAGUACCCCCCGAAUGAGGAGACUACGCCGCAAGAAAUAACACGACGUACGCAUAGAAUUUUACAUAUGGAGCAGGAAAUGCUGAUGGCUCAUCGGCUUGCAGAGUAUCGUGGAUGGCUUCGUCAGAUGGAGAAUCCUGUGGGCUGGAAUUAUGAGGAUUAUGAAUCUGAAUCUGAAUCUGAUGAGGCGAACUAG